GGUAACAGAUUUAAAGUUGGAGACAAGCUCGGCAAAACUACAUCUGCUACCACCAACCGGAAUAUAAACCUGCCGUUAUACCGCAAAUACCCGGAUCUCAAUCGCUUUUACUUUGUAUUCAGUCUACUUCAGUUUUAAAACUCUUUGAAUAUGGGGAAAGUAAGCAAAUUGUGUUUUAUAACCUGGAUAUACUUUCUUGCGUACAUUUCAUCGGGAUUUGCAACUACAAUCGAGCCAACAAUCGAGCCGACGAGCGAGUCUACAACUUUUAGUUACAUCAUGGACAAUUACACCGAAUCGAUGGCGGACUUAAGCGACAUCGAGUCCAAGUUUUCUUUCAGAACCAGCGAGGAACCCGAGGACGAUUUGUGUUAUAUUGUUCCUGGUCAACCCGAAACUAUUAAAGAAUGUAACUUCAAUCCAGAAAACAACACCUUCAUAGUUAUUCACGGAUGGACGGUCACUGGUAUGUUUGAAAGCUGGGUUCCCAAGCUGGUAACGGCUUUGUAUGAACGAGAGCCAUCGGCCAAUGUCAUUGUGGUGGACUGGUUGACACGCGCACAGCAGCACUACCCUACAUCGGCAGCAUACACCAAACUAGUGGGCAGAGACGUGGCCAAAUUUGUCAACUGGUUACAGGCCGAGAUUGACUAUCCUUGGGAGAAACUACACCUGCUGGGCUAUAGCCUUGGUGCACACGUGGCAGGAAUCACUGGUCUUCUUACCAAAAAUAAAGUUAACCGAAUCACAGGUCUGGAUCCGGCUGGUCCCAGCUUUGAGUACGCCGACUCCCAAAGCACUCUUUCCCCUGAUGAUGCUCUUUUUGUGGACGUCCUUCACACCAACACUCGAGGAUCUCCAGACCGCAGCAUCGGGAUUCAGAGGCCAGUUGGCCACAUAGAUGUAUACCCCAACGGUGGCACCUUUCAACCUGGCUGUAACCUUCAAAACACUGUAUUGAUGGUGGCCACUACUGGUUUAAGGAACAUGGAUCAGAUCGUGAAGUGUUCCCACGAGCGCUCGAUUCACCUGUUCAUCGAUUCGCUCGUGAAUACGGAACAGCAAAGCUUGGCUUUUCGCUGUAGCUCCCGAGAAAGCUUCAAUAAGGGCAUGUGCCUCAGCUGCCGCAAGAACCGCUGCAACAAGGUGGGCUAUGGCAUCAACAAAAUCCGCACUCGCAGGAGCAGCAAGAUGUACAUGAAAACCAGAGAUAUGAUGCCGUUUAAAGUUUUUCAUUACCAAGUGAAGGUCCAUUUCUUCGGCAAGACAAAAUUGAGCUACACUGACCAGCCAAUGAAGAUCUCACUGUAUGGCAUCGAUGGUGAGAAGGAAAACAUCCCCUAUGUUAUGCCUACUUUGAACUCGAACGCCACCGUGUCUUUCCUGUUGACCACAGAUGUGGACAUCGGAGAACUUCUGAUGGUGAAACUUAUCUGGGAGAAAGACACGCUCAUCAGCUGGCCGUGGUGGAACCCCGACACCUUUCAUGUCCGCAAGCUACGGGUGAAAUCAGGAGAGACACAAUCUAAAGUAAUCUUCACUGCCAAAGAAGGUGAAUUUUCCUACCUUGCUCGCGGAGGCGACGCUGCCGUCUUUGUGAAAGACAAAGAAGCCCAGUCAAGCCGCAAAAACCAGAGAUUGCACAAGCGGAAGAUGCAGGGAAGUUCAUUCGAACAAAACACGGAGUAGAAACGCACUUCAAAAUCCAACUCUGCUGGAACCUGCACAGACUUUGCCGAAAACUGGAACGCCGGUGAAAACCAACAUCUUCUAUAUGUCCUGACCUUCACCUUACAUAAGUCCUGAAACACAUCUUGCAAGAAACCACAUCUUGAACACGUUACUGCUGUGCAGUUUGGAAACAAAACGUCACAUUGGGGACUUUUAAUUUUUAAGUAUUUCGCCUAAAUGAUUUUGCAUCUUGGCCCACUAAGAAAAGUCUGCUGGACAAUCUUUAGAACAUAAAAUGAUAAUCACAUGACUGUAUGCAAUACAAACAUGCAAGUACACUACUGUGGUCUGUUUGUCUGCAUUGGUUAAACAAAAGUAAAGCAGGUGUAACGUUCGCUACACUUUCAGAAAAAAGGUACAAAGUUAUUACUGGGAUGGUACCUUUUAAAAGGGUCCAAAUAUGUACCUUUGAGGAACCAGUACAAAUAUGCACCUUUUGGUUCAAAAGUGUACUUUUUGAAAAGGUGCCGCCCCAGGGACAACUUUAGCAUGUUCAAAGAAACAAAGCUUGUUGUUGUUGUAGUUUUUCCCUUUUGGAGAAAGAUGUUACUCGAAACAAAAGAUGCACCGAUAUUAUAUUUUCACAGACACCGAUUAUUCAUUCUAAUAUCGCCAGAUGCCGAUAUUGAUCGUUUGGUGGUUAUAUUAACUUGCAUUAAGUAAAUUCUAAAGAUUAAAUUUAGGUUUUUCAUUCACAUAAUGACUAUUAAUAUUGAACAUUAAACUAGUAAUUUUUCUUUACAUUUUUUAUACACAGAGCUCAAAUUCAUAGCAUUUUCCUGUUCGUUUGAUUGAUAGGAUAUAUCGGCCAUGACUAUAAGUUAUUUUUAAACUAUCGGCCAAUAGCAUUAAAAAUAGCUUACCGAUAUUGGCCGAUAUAUCGGUGCAUCUCGACUCAAAACAUGUUAAGGAUUAUUUAGUUUAGCUCUGUGAUAACAGUAUUAAAUUUGAACUUUGAGACUAAACCGCUACGUUAUUUAGCCAUUUAAUUUUUGGUUGCACUGUGAAGUUGGUUUUUGUACCAAAGCUGUUUCGCUAGCAAUGCUAAUCCUCUUAUUGAAGGCAACAGUUCAGUCUAGCAAAUGUUUUCUCGGUUUGCUCACAGUAUUAAAACUGAACACCAUCAGCUUUCACCAAA